AAAUACAGCAGCUUCGGACGGGCGUGUUGCUUCUUUCUCGCUCUGCCCGGCUGCUUGGCGAUUCCUCAGCUCUUGUUCGAUGACCCGACCUCACUAAAUUGAUUGCGCAUCUUUAUUCCCUCCCUCUUACGCUGUCUAUCCGCCCCGAAUUGAGGUGCAGCUCUAUGCUUCCUCGCUCUUCGCGUUCAUCUUCCCUCUUUCACCUCUGAGCUCCUUACCAAUUGAUAUAGCUUGUCGCAGCAUGUCUUUCAAAACCUCAUUUGAGUCGAGUCCGCCGUCAACCCCCGGCCAUUCCCGCAGUGUCUUCAGUAAUCUGUCAGAAACGCCGGCAGGCGCUCCGCCCUCCGCAUCCAAUUCCUUCACUCCGCAAGGCCAUCCUCACUCCAGCAGCAUGUUCGGCAGCUCCCAAAUGAGCUCUGGCUCCCUCUUCACCAAGUCCGGGAACAUCAACCCUAACGAUAGUAUCUUCGGCUCCUCCAUCGCUUCCACCGACUUUGCCCUCCCCCGAGGCAAGAAGAGCACUCAAACAAAGUCCUUUGCGAAAUCGCAAUCGCUGUUCAGUAUUACAAACGGCAGCCGGUUUGCCGAGUCGACUAGCUUUGGAAAUUCCAACGGCUUCGCGGAUUCACGGAUGGAUGAUGACGCCACUGACCAAGAUGCGGAGGGUGAAGAGGAAGAUCUGCCGGAGGAGCAAGCUGAACAGACCGACAACGCUAUGGACUUGGGAACUACAGAAAAGGCCACAGGGUCUCGUUUCAGCUUCCUGGACUCUCAGCUUGGCGAUUCUAUCUCUGCGCCGUCCGCCGCGCUCGGCCAACGAAAGUCGAUCUACCAAAAUUCCACCACGCAAGCAAAACGCCCAAAGCUUGACGAAAAGUGGGCAAACCAGUCACCUAUACGGAAAGGCAAGCUGUCGCCUAAGAAGGACUCCGCGAUGCCGUCGAUUGUGCGCCAUUUCGCUUCGCGUUCGCGCGUGGCUGCCGUGGAAGAGCCAAGCGAGUUCAUCAUGCAUACUGAGGAUGAAGUUUGCCGCAUGCACGAUGAAGUGAAGAAGUCUGACUACAACAACACUGACUUUGAGGUUGCUCUGUCGGACUCUUGCGACAGACUCGUGGACACGUGGCAGGCAAUCGCAAAUCAGGAUAACGCUGGACAGAAUCCAGGUACCGGCAUCGGUCCUGGCGACAAUGCUUCGAACAUUGCGAAAGCAAACUUCCUGGCAUCCCUGCUGCUGCGGCUCCACCACCCUCCUCAGUUGGCACCCAAGCCCAGCCUUCUAAGCCCCCUGGGAUUUCCAGCGCGCAAUUUAUUACUGGCCCCCGCUCGGACGAAUACCCCUACGCCCAUACCCAAGCUCCUUCUUGACUGGCUUGAUGAGAACCACAUGCCUCUUACCGAUGAGCUGCAAGCAUUGAAAGAGAUUGAUCCCAAUCCUACGGCUUCUCCAAACUUUUGGGAAUUGAUUAAUGCUGCUGUUUUGCGUGGCCAUCUCUCUGAUGCUGCGGACCUUUUGCGGUCGGCUGAUUUUAACUAUGCACGGUCCGCCUUGGAGGAUGGAUUGCCGCAGUCAGGCUAUCGUGGCGCACAGCUGCAGAACAUUCAGAGGUGCGUUAAUAGGGCCCUCCAGGUCCUUGACUCAUGCCCCAGCGUGCAGCACGGGGAUUGGGACAUUAGAGGCCCCGAGUGGGCUACGUAUAGAAAACGUGUGAUUGCCGCCGUGACAGAUUUGGAGGAGUUCGCCGAAGGCAGUGAACAGGCGUCUCCCGAGCCUCCAGCCGCGGAGAAUCGCUUCCAGGCAGUCAACUUUGGAUUGAAGCCCACGGCUGCUGCCCCGAUGUUCUCUUUUGCUCAGAACGCACGCAUGGCCGAGAGCAAAGUCCCGUGGGCCAUCUACCAGAACCUUCGGUCCAUGUACCGCAUUAUCCUCGGCGAUACGAGCGUAGUCAUGGACCACGCAGAGGACUGGAUUGAGGCCACGAUUGCGAUGACUGUGUGGUGGGAUGGAGAGGAUGAUGAGGAGGGUUCCAGCGCCGACUUGUUUUCGAGAUUGUCCAGACCCAACGCCUCCCCCAGCAGUAUACGGAACGCCUACCUUCGCCGGCUUGAUCUGGCCUUCAGUCAUGCAACCAGCGCCGAGCCCGCUGACGCUGGUUUCCGCGUCAACUCGAUGAGCAGCCUUGAAGUCGGACUUGCUUCCGUGUUUGAGGGCAACGUGGAUGGUGUGCUAGAAUUGCUUCAGACUUGGUCGCUGUGUGUAGCGGCUGCCGUUGUUGAGUUCGCGUCUAUUGGCGGCUGGCUAGAGGCUGGGGCUGGUCCUAAAUCUAUGCCCGGCCUUAGCAAAAAUGACCUGAUGGUUCUUUCGUAUGGACAGGCUGGUGAUGCACCUACGCGACGUGUUCACAAGAACGAUGUGAUUAGCGAGUAUGCGUCUGGCUUGUCUGAGAGGACCACCUUGGAGUGCGAAACGGGUGUGCGCCAGGGAUGGGAGAUGGCCAUCGAGAUCCUCAGCCGCUUGGAUGAUCGCGAGAAACUGGAGACGAGCGUUGCCGACCUGCUCGAAAAGAUACCACUGACCAGCGUUGACCAGGUGGAUAGAGUGGUGCAGCUGUGCUGCGAAAUGGAUUUGGAUCAACACGGAAGGAAGGUCGCUGAGCGCUAUGGUGAUAAUAUCGUCGCAAACUCCCAGGAAUAUGGGCUUGCCCUUCUGUGCUAUGCUCGCGCACACGACCGACGCAAGGUCAAGUCCAUCGUUGACCUGCUCAUCUCAUACAGUCUUGUUCAGUCCCGCGCCUUCCCUGAAUCCCCCGACCUGGACGAGCAGCUUGAAGCUCUGAUCAAAAACCCCAAGUUUGGCUUGGGGGCGAUUGCGCACACGGAUGAAGAGGCUGCUACUAUCCUCCAGUACUAUUUCAGUGGAUAUGCGACUCUGCGUCGCUUCUACGAGAUUCGCGACGAGGCGAUCAAUCUUAAGGAAGGACAGCGACCGCGGUUCAAGCCUCUAGCCAGACGGCGAGCAGCGGCUCAGGCUUUGGUGGCGGUCAUUGGCAGCGCGGCGGACAGCAUCUACGGUGGUCUGUACGAUCCCGAUCGUGAUGCUGUCGUCCAAGUCGAUGGACUGUUGACAUUGCUUGGCGAAGCCCUGCCCUUUAUUGGCCAAUCCACUCCCCUCCUCUCCGUCUCCCAACAAUUCACCAUCCUCUCCGCCAUCGAGGACCUCCAGACCGUGACUCCGCGCGUCUACGCCCAAUGCGAAGAAUGCUUCCGCUCCACGCUCAUCCAAUACCACUCCAGCAAGCGCGCCCACACCUCCGACUCCUCUGUCCUCCCUCCCUCCCCCCGCGCCAUGCUCAAGAAGUCCGUCUCAUCCCUCACAGCAUCAAGCACCUUCUCCCUCAUCGGCAACGACAUCAUCGAAUCCGCCCGCACUCGCUCCGGCUCCGGUUCCGUCGGCAGCUCCGGCGUUCUCGUCCCUCGCGCAGACGCUGACUCCCUCACUAGCUCCACCGAACGCGGCUGGGACUGGCGUGCCGGUCUACCAGAGGACGCAACGGGCGAGGAUAUCCUCCGUAUUCUCCGGGUCGGUCUAGCGAAGGGAUUGAGCCAUGGGGCUCUUGGAUCGAUCUAGAUUUUCUUUUGUUGAUGAUGAAGAAGAGGAAUUAAGCCAAGAAGCAAAAGUCAAAUUCUAAUACAUCGGAUGUAGUUGAGUGGAGUGAAGUGGAGUGGAAUGGAGUAGUUGUGCUGUAUUAUUGUAUUCUAUACUACUAUGUUCCUUCUGCUUGCAGCAUGCAUGAGUGUAACACUUUUUCUUAUUCCAGUGUCUGUUGGCUGGUUGCUCCUUUAC